UUAUGUAAAGCAAAAAUCCUAAAAUUCAUUAAAAACUGGAUACUUUUCAUAAAUAUAAAAGGAAGAACAAAGUUUUCAGUAACAAUAAGAGCAUCUGUAAUUAGUAAUCCAAAAAAAUCAUGAAGCAUGUAAUUUAAUAUUAGGAAAAUCAAAUAGAAAGAUGCGUGUUUAAAAAAAGACCAGAACGACAACAACAAAAAGGACAACAGUAGAUAGUGAACACUAUGGAGAAUUUGGAGUGGGGGGUCCACCAUGUCAGGUCCACCUUUGUGUACUGUUGCUGAUACCAAUCUAGCCGAUAUUCCUGACUCGAGAUUAUCCCGCUGGCAGUUAAUUCAGAAGAUUCAACAGCAUUUUGGGAUACAAUGGAGUAAAGACUACAUUUCCGAAUUGCAGCAACGAAAUAAAUGGACUAAACCAGCAGAACCAUUGAAGGAAAAUCAAUUAGUUCUAAUCAAAGAUGAAAAUCUGCCUCCGCUAAGAUGGAAACUAGGAAGAAUAUCAGAACUGCAUCCCGGAAAAGACAGCGUUGCUAGACCAACAACCGUAAAAACUGGUACAGGCACUCUUCGCCGAGGUGAUUUCAUGAUUACAAUGUCAAAGUCAACCCCUCGAAUGGGGGAGUAUGUUUCUGAUUGUAUCACAAAUUAAUUUAAAUUUUAUUUUAGUAAAAUUAUGAUAUUCUACAAUUCUUACUUAUCGACGUUAUGCUAAUCUGUAA